AUGUACAAUGCCCCGCCAUUUUUAACAACACUUUCAAAUGUUUCAAAAAACCGUUACAACCUACAGAAACACAAGUAUCGCUUCCUUGUCCAAAACCUGCAAAACCUUAAACCAACUCAAACAAAUCCAUGCUUACCUCCUCAAAUCAAUCUUACACGAAACCCCUUUUGCCAUCGGCCCCAUUCUCUCUGUCGCCGCAACCUCUAAGGAUGAUACAUUCUUUACUUAUGCCAAUGCCAUUUUUCGAAACCUCAUUCUUCGCAAUACGUUCAUGUUUAAUACAAUGAUCAGAGGAAAUGUAGAAAGAAAUAGACCUGUACCCGCAAUUCUAUGUUAUAAAGAAAUGUUGAAUUGUGGGUUUUUAGCGAAUAAUUAUACUUUUACACCUUUGAUCAAGGCGUGUUCAAUGCUAGAUUGUAGGAAAAUUGGGUUCUUGGUGCAUGCCCAUGUUGUAGUUUUGGGGUUUUGUGGUGAUCCUUUUGUUGGAAGUGCGCUUAUUGAGUUUUAUUCGAGUGAUCUUGACUUGCGGUUAGCUCGGGUGUUGUUUGAUGGAAUGCCAAGGAGAGAUGUGGUUUUAUGGACUGUGAUGAUUGAUGGGUAUGGUAAGAUGGGAGAUGUUGAGAAUGCGAGAGCUUUGUUUGAUGAGAUGCCAGAGAGAAAUGUGAUUGCGUGGAGUACGAUGAUGGCAGCGUACUCGAGGGUCAGUGAGUAUAAGGAAGUGAUUUCCUUGUAUUCAUUGAUGCAGAGAGAGGGUGUAAGGCCGAAUGAAUCAGUUCUUGUGAGUGUUACAACAGCAUGUGCUAAUCUUGGUGCAUUGGCACAAGGAAUGUGGAUUCAUUCCUUUGCUAAGCAGAACAAGCUUGACUCUAACCCCAUCUUAGCUACUGCUUUGGUCGAUAUGUACUCGAAGUGUGGUUAUCUAGAAUUAGCUUUAUCAGUUUUUGAAAGUAUUGCUGCGAAGGAUUCUGCCUCAUGGAAUGCUAUAAUUUCUGGAGUUGCAAUAAAUGGGGAGGCAAUAAUGUCACUGGAACUAUUUAAUAAAAUGGUUAAGGCUGAAGUCCAGCCCAACGACACAACUUUUGUUGCUGUGUUCACAGCUUGUACACAUGCUCGCUUGGUUAACAAGGGACUUGAGUUGUUUGAACAGAUGAAUUCUUUGUACGGGGUUGAACCUAAGUAUGAGCAUCAUGCCUGUAUGGUUGAUCUUUUGGCAAGAGCUGGUAGGUUAGAAGAGGCUAAGACCUUCAUAGACAAUAGGAUGGGUGGGAUUGGAGAAGGAGAUGCCAAUGUUUGGGGAGCUUUACUCAAUGCAUGUAGAAUAUAUGGCAAUGUGGAAAUUGGGGAUGAAGUAUGGAAAAGGCUUGCUAACAUGAGAGUAUCUGAUUCUGGGACUCAUGUGUUGUCUUAUAAUAUUUAUAAGGAAGCUGGCUGGGAAAAUGAGGCAAAAGGGGUGCGGAAGUUGAUCUCGGAGUCCAGAAUAAAGAAAACUCCUGGAUGCAGUGUUUUGGAGGUAGAUGGAAUGGUUGAGGAAUUUGUAGCAGGUGAUCUUUCGCAUCCACAAGCUCAAGAAAUUUGCAGAAUGCUUAGUUCUUUGUUUAAUGUCAUGCAUACUCUUGAGUAGCUCUUUUCGGAAAUGAUGGUGAUGGCUAUUGACAUCGUCGCAAAAUUGGAUGCUUAGAAAUAUAAAGAGCGAUCUAGCAGCUGAUGCAACAAGAAGACAGGGUUUCGGGUGGUAUGGUGGACCCAAGAAGGUCAAUUUGUUUGGGAAUGAUUUGCACAAGCAAACUAUGAAGAGUGGGGAAGCUGUCUGCUUUUUUAGAAGUUCAGCAGCAGACUCUGAUGGCAUUGUGGAUCUAUGGAACAAGUGGUAGCUCAAAUGACUCGGAUGUUAAUAUGAUGGAGAAAUAAACCGGCAACCAGAAGACUAUUAACCGGUAUUCCUCUAACUCUCAUUAGCUACCAUAAACAUCUAUUGUUGGAUAGUUGAUACGGGAGCAGCAAAUUAUGUAAAUGACUGGAAAUCUGGAAAUUGGUCACAGUACGGAAAGACUUGCUAACAAAAAUAAUUCAAUUUUUUUAAAAAAUAAUAAUUUUAACUAUGCAAUCAAAAGACUUAAAAAUGUGAACGGAAGAAGUAUUAUGAUCCUUGCAUGCAUGUCUUCAAUCCUGUUCUGCAUACUAAAACUAAGCACAUUGAGGUGAACCCUUCUGACCAGUAUCAUACUUUCACCAGAAAAAUACAACAUACAAGUUAAUAUCUAAUGAAACUAUUAAAUCCCCGAUAUUUACAUUUAUUAUUUUUGUACUCCCUCCGUCUCAAUUUAUAGGUCCAGUUUGGGAAAAAAAAUUGUCCCAAAAUACUUGUCCCUCUCUUCUUUCAAUACAAAUUUAUCUACAUAUUAAUUGUGAUUUUUUUGAAACUCAACAUUAUUUUCAUUUCUCAAUGCACUAAAUCUCUAUAUUUAUUGUGAUUUUUUUGAAACUCAACAAUAUUCUCACUUAUCAAUGCACUAAUUAAUGAUACAUGAGAUAAGAUUCCAUCUGACCAACUUUUUUCUUAAUAUGUGUGUUUAUUCCAAAAUGGACCUAUAAAUUGAGACGGAGGGAGUAUGUAGAAAGUUGUGACCACAACUGUUUGAUUUAAAACAUGUACGAUGACAUCCCAGAUCCAGAACUUACACGUGGGUUUGUUCGGUAGGGACAGCUGAAAGUCCCCAAGUCUUUACGCUUAUGGCCACCGGAGUGACGGAGUCCGGACCCUCACGUGAAAUUUCCAACUUCAAACUCAGAGCUUCCAUAAAAUAGGACAAUAAGCUUUACUGCUUUCUCUAUAAAACAGUAUAGCAGACAGCAAUGUGUAUUACUUCCUUUGUCUUGAGACCGUUCCGUUUGAAUUUUUUACACGUAGUUUUUAAGUUUUCUUA